AAGAUAGUGUUUUAGUUUUUUUUAAAACCACCAAACAAUGAGAUUGUAAUGAUGAGGCUUUAUGUGGGUCUGUUGGGUGCAAUAGCCUGUGCCCUAAUGUCGAGCCACAGUUCCAGUCUAAGUGUGGCUAUCGUAUCGAUGGCCAGAUAUAAUAGAAGUGCUGCACUGCUGGACAGCGAUGACAAUACUGGACAAUGUUUUACUGGUAUUACUACCGGUGGUAAUGGCAGUGAUGACAGUUCACAGGAGUCUAUUGACACAAUUAGAGGUGAAUUUGAUUGGAGUGAAUCAUUGCAGGGCAUUAUACUGGGCGCCAACUUUUACAUGUACUUAAUAACGCCAACCAUUUCGGGCCGUAUUACCGAACGUUUCGGUGCCAAAUGGAUGACCGCAUUGACUAUUAUGAUAUCGGGCAGUAUUCUGGCGCUCAUACCUACCGCUGCACACACGAGUGUUGAACUAUUGAUUACAUUGUUGGUUAUCCAGGGACUGUUUCACGGAUGUGUUUUUGCGUCGCUGUUUUCAUUGUACGCCAAUUGGUUUACUGCUUCUGAGCGCAGUUAUGCCAUAUCAGGGAUCGCCGCCGGAUCUAAUUUUGGCAAUUUAGUCACAUUUCCUUUAGCCGGCUAUCUGUCAAACAGUCAAUUUGCUGGCGGAUGGCCAUCUGUUUUCUAUAUUGUAUGUAUGGCACACAUACCGUGGCUUAUAUUGUGGAUACUGUGUGUUGAGGACACACCACUGAAAAGUUCCCGCUCCCGACUUAUCAAAUGCUCAGCCGAUGAGUUGGCUUAUAUACAGACUAAUAUUAAUUCAUUUGGUGCACCAAAAAGCUCAUCCCGUGCCCCAUGGAUCAAAAUACUGACAUCCCGGUGCGUUUGGUCAUCGAUCAUAUGGAAAAUAAGUGCCGGUUGGGGCUAUUAUUUGCUACUAUCAAAAAUGCCGUCCUAUCUUGAUAAGGUAUUUGGACUGUCAUUACUACAAAACGGUUUAUUUAAUGCCAUGACAUCACUGGCCACUGGCCUCACAAUGGCAUUUUGUGGACCACUAUCGGCGUUCAUCAUCCGUAAGGCAUCGCCACGACUUUCAAAGACUGCAGUUCGCAAAAUAUUUGCAUCGAUAGCAUUGUUAGGUCCGGCCAGUUGUCUGGCACUCAUAACAGCUCUGGGCUGUAACUCUCAAGCGGUGAUCACACUAUUAAUAAUGGCUCUGUUUUUAUACGGAUUUAUGACUGGCGGCGAGUUUACUAUAAUCAGUGAGUUUGCGCCCGACUUUUCUGGCACAGUGUUUGGCAUUGCGGCCACAAUAUCGGUGUUUCCUGCAUUUGUGGCACCGUAUGUGGUGGGCAUUAUAUUAGGAGAUAAGCCAGGUGAAAUAGGGCGCUGGAAUCUAGUAUUCUACAUAACUAUAGCUAUCUAUAUUUUGGGGACAGUAGUGUUUGUCAUGUUUGCAUCGGCCGAACCUCAGGAAUGGGGUCUCAUCGAUAAAGUUAACCGUAAAAAGAGAUCAAAAUCUAUUGACAUCAUUAGUAAGGAUAGUAUGAGAGAUGCGGCACAAGAAAUCUUAACUUGUGUUGAGAGAUAGUAUAAAAAACUAUUGUAUUGUUAUUAUAGUUUAAUUGCAGUAUUUUUUGUAUU